GAGAGAGAAAGAGAGAGAGAGAAAAGAGAGAGAAUCCCAAACAGGUUCUGAGCUGUCAGCACAGAGCCUCAAACCCAUGAACCAUGAGAUCAUGACCUGAGCCGAAGCUGGACCCUUAACCAACCGGGGCACCCCCAGAAUGCACUUCUCAGCUUGUGCCUGCGGGACAGUUACAGGAAGUGUUCUGUUACACGGUAAGUUCUGGAGAAUCAAGUGGAAGCUUCUACAAUUAGACUUUUCUCUUGGAGACGGUCUUCAGCACCCCUCUCUCAAUCUUGCACUCCAGCCUUGAGAAAAACAUUUCCUAAAACGAACAAACACAGAAACAGAAACUCCUGUCCUGUUUGCCACAUGUCACCAUACUUAAGCCAAGCCAACUGCUGCCAUCAGAGCACUGCACUAAGCACAAGUUUUACAUCUUACACACAGCACGUUUCGGUGGUAAGCCGGCAUAGGUUUCGGACAUGGCCAGACUCCCUGAAUUCACAGGGAUUUAGCACCUGAAGCACUCAGUCUAAGAAGUUGAACCUGGAGCCUCGAUUAGGAGCAGCAACCCCAGGAGACCCAGCAGGAAGAGAGGCUACGCUGUUUGCAGAGACAGUGACACAGGGACCGUAUGUGUGGUGCCAAGUCUCACCAACAUGAUGACGCUUACACAGUGUCCUGGGUACAGAAUCACUCCAGACUGCUCGACCCUGAAACAGGAGCUCUGUGGACGGAAAGGAUGAAGUCACGCCAAAUUUGGAUCACACAGCGACACUUCCAAGGAAAGCGAAUGCCUAGAAUCGUCCAUUUAACUGCCAACAAGCACCGCUCAACACUUUCUCCUCGUUCAGUCUGAGGGUUCAGGCAAGAGCUGUAGGGUGCUCGUGAGCUUACACAGUGACUAUCACACAGCUGAGCAUCAGGACAGGGCUUAACACACGGAAAGAUAAAUCCUACGAGUAAGGCAAAGUGACGUUUCCUGCCAACAUCUUUUCCUAAAUCUUGUGGUCUCCCCAGAACGAUACCCCGAGGAGUCCCUUGCAUUUUGCCUGUUAGGACACUUGAUGGGCACUGUCCAGAUUAAGUCUAUACCAUCUGUCUCUAAGUAGCAGGGUGUAAGUGUUUACUUUCCCGGGGGUUGAGGGUGCAGAUUCCAGUGUUCUUCAGUUUCCACCCCACCCUGUGUCAUCCGCUGGAGGGGCUGUUCCGGUCUGGCAAAGGUAGUGCCUUAUUCUGGGGUCUCACUGACCCUGGAGACCACACAUCACAUGGUACUGGCCAGUCCUUCCUGAGUUUCUCAUGACCACAGGGUAUGACUGAGGAAAGGUCAAGGAUCCCGUCUGGCAGCUGUAUCACGAGCCCAUCCGAUUCCUUGGACACAGGAGUCGCGUGUUCUUUUACUCAGUGAAAAAGGAGAUUCUCAUCAAUAAAAGGAGCAGGGACUGCACGUCGCAUUUGGUAAGAAAUCCUCGAGAGUGAGGGCGCCGGACGGCGACACAGGACGCUUCUGUGCCCCCCACCCCGAGAACCACCACUAUUCACACGCUCAACAUCUACUCACACCCGAGACAGUGGCAACAGAGUCCCAGACCGUGAGGCAGAGGCCGAAGACAGAGCACAUCAGGAGGUAGGAGGCGGCCACGGGUGAUCGCAGUGCCCCUCCCCCCAGGCCAGCGCUGCACCGGGCAGAUGCCCCCGUACCUGUGGUCCCUCCAGGCAGGAGAGGACCCGGGACACAUAUACAGCUCCCCCAUCCUGCAGGUGCCUCUUCGGGAGCCCCCACUCAGGUUGUGCCCAACGGGGAUCUUAGCAAACAGACGUCCCCCUCGCAGGGCCCAGCCGGCCGGCCCAGCAGCAACCCCGCUCAUCUGCAGCGCCCAGGCAGGGGUGAGCCGAGGGAGCCCUGUGUUCUGCAGGUCCUCAAAUGAAGACACUUGCUGGCCCUGCAGCCCGGCCUGCCCCCGCCCAGGCCGGUCAACCGUGGGGUGCAGCCUCGGGCCCCUUCCUGCCCAGACAGCCUGCCGGGAGGGAAGCUCGCCCCGGCCCUGUCCCGCUGGGAAAGCAGAGCCACAGCCCCACCUCGCCCCACCAGGGAGGCCUGCAAAACGCUUGGAGCCUGCAGAGCAGCACACACGGGGGUCAGCCCGCAGGACAGAGCCGGUGGCCCGCUUCAGCCAGAGAGUCACCCCGAAUCCAGACACGAGCCCUGUGGGCCCCGGAGCUCGUUCUGCUCACGCGCCCUCGCAACCCCUUCCAGCGCUGUUCCCUCUGCAGCCUGCUCAGCCGUGGAGACAAACCGCACACGGCACGCAUCACGGGCCGUCCUCAGGGCUGCUCAUGGCGCACAGCGGGUGGGUCAACGGACCUGCAGAAAAGCUGGCGGCCCCCCACGGCAGAGACACUGGCUCAGAGCCCAGCCCCCGGCUGCUCAGGAGCUGGUGCGGAUGGCCCCGACAGUGUAGACGGUGCAGACAGCGUGGAUGGCCCAGUGUGGACAGCCCGGACAGCCAGCCCCACCCAAGUCCAGGCAGCCACAGUGCCCACCAUGCUGCCUCGCCCAGGCAGGGAACCCAGCCACCAGUCCCACCCAUCUCUCUGCGGCCGACCGCACAGGCCCCAAGAGCAAGCCCACCUGCCCGCGUCCACAAACCCAAACGGACACAUCGGGUGAAGACCUGACUCUCUAGAAGAAGACAACUGCUUGCUUACACACACAGACUCAUGAACAACUGAGUGAGCGUCACACCAAAGGAACAAAUUACCAGCUUCCAACUUCCCAAACCCCAGGAGACAGAUAGACGUCCAGGUUCGUGAGGCCACAAGGAGCCCCGAAAGGUCAAACAUGGAUAGGGCUGUGCCAAGACACCCUAUGACUAAGUUGUCAAAGUCUAAGACAAAGAACGAUUUUUCUUUUUUUUUCUUAAAAAACAAAACAAAACAAAACGAUGUCAUUAAAGCAGUAAGAGAAAAGAAAAUCAGAUAUGAGGGAAUGCCCAUGGGGUUACAGGCAGGCUUCUCCACAAGGGUAUUCCAGGCAGGGAAGGAAGGGGAGGAUACACUCAAAUACUGAUGGGGAAAAAAGCUGUCGGGGCACCUGGGUGGCUCAGCCGGUUGAGCAUCUGACGGGCUCAGGUCAUGAUCUCGUGGUUUGUGAGUUCAAGCCCCACGGUACGUUCUGCUGUCAUGCAGAGCCUGCUUUGGAUCCCCCG